GUUUCAAGAUUUUGACAGGCAGUCGUCAAGUUGGUCCUGCAUUGCACUCUGCGCCUCCUGCAGUUGUUGACGGCGCAGUUUGUUGUACGAAACUUGAAGGUCGCUACCUCCAUGUGCAGCAGGUAAGGCACCGACGCAAAUAUCACAGGCCUGGCGCCCAACAACUUCGUCGUGGAUUGCGACCCCGAGUUGUUUUGAAUUCAAUUCAUGGUUCAUCUCAUCCCUUAAAACUCAAAAACCCACCUGGCCUUCCAAGCUCACCCCUGAUAAACAAAACACAUCAACAAAACAUCGCGUGUUUUCAUCGACCAACAUUCUUCGAUUAUGGAGAAAAUCAUAUACAGCCCGGAACUGACCAUUCCUGACACUCUGUUGCUGCGAAACCUCGCCGACGACAUCCAGCGGCACAGGGAAAUCAAAGGAGCUAGCUCCAACGUCGACCGCGAUGAGGGUUACGCCAGCACAGGAUCUGGCCGUUCUGCGGCCCAGGACGCCAUCAACAAAUACGGCAUCUCAGAAGAGCGGGAUGCCACCGACAUUCAGAAGUUGAAUGGAUUCAAUGACCCCGACAGCGAGGACUUUGAACCAACGGUGAUCUCGUCACUCGAUCUCGGGGACCUACAGGCUAGGCUCCCCGCCGUCGUGUACCAGAAUGUCGUCCUGCCCUACAUCGCCUGGGCCCGCACGGUUGUGCGGCACGACACCGACGUCAUAAUGUUGACACACCUCAUCAUGUACUUCACCACGUCGCUGCCCAGCGCCGUCUGGCUGUUCUACCACUUCACCUACCUCCACGGCAUCUUCCACUUCGUCAUGCAGUUCUGGUACAUGGGCACCUACACGCUCAUGAUGCACCAGCACAUCCACAUGAGCGGCAUCCUCGCCAAGCGGCCGCUCCUGCGCCUGUUCGACACCUUCUUCCCCUACCUCACGGACCCGCUGAUGGGCCACACGUGGAACACGUACUUCUACCACCACGUCAAGCACCACCACGUCGAGGGCAACGGGCCGGACGACCUGUCGUCGACGCUCCGCUACCAGCGCGACGAGCUGCUGCACUUCCUGCACUACAUCGGCCGCUUCCUGGUCCUGAUCUGGCUGGACCUGCCGCUGUACUACCUGCGCAAGGGCAAGUACGUCAACGCCGCCAAGGCCGCCUUCUGGGAGCUGUCCAACUACACGGCCAUCUACAUGAUGUACCGGCUCAACAGCCGCGCGGCCGUUUUUGUGUUUAUCUUGCCGUUGACGCUCAUGCGCAUCGGCCUGAUGGUCGGCAACUGGGGCCAGCACGCCUUUGUCGAUGCCGACGAGCCGGACUCUGACUUCCGCUCGAGCAUCACGCUGAUCGAUGUGCCGAGCAACCGCUACUGCUACAACGACGGCUACCACACGUCGCACCACCUCAACCCGCGCCGCCACUGGCGGCACCACCCGGUCGCCUUCCUCCGGCAGAAGGAGACGUACGCGACCGAGAAGGCCCUCGUCUUCCACAACAUCGACUACCUCAUGAUCACGGUGCGCCUGCUCCGGAAGGACUACGCCCACCUCGCCCGCUGCCUCGUCCCCAUCGGCCCGCAGAUCGACCUCUCGUUGGAGGAGAGGGCGGAGAUGCUGCGUCGCCAUACGAGGAAGUUUGGGGAGGAGGAGAUUAGGGUCAAGUUUGCGGGUGCUGGUGGUGGUGGGGAGGGGGAGAAGAAGAAGGAGUAGGGGGUUUGUUUG